CUAGAUCUUCCUUCUCCACCAAACUCCUUUCUUCUCAUUACUCAACAAACUACCAUCCAUCCACACUUUCCUCUUUCAUCAAAUUUUACUCUCAGAUCUCCCCCACCACUUCAAAACCCUAAAAUUUCUCAUCAAUUUUUCCACUUCCAAUUUAUUCUUUGUGUAUGUGUUAGUAUUCAAAUUGUGAUUUCUUAGUUACUCAAUUUGUUUCUUUUCAUGGCAAUGCCAAUGGGAAAUGCAGUUACGCCGGAAAUUAAGCAUUUUCCGGCAGUUAUUACCGGCGGUGAGAUGCAGUACCGACCACCACCACAACAACAGCAGCAGCAAUGGUUUGUUGAUGAGAGGGAUGGGUUUAUGAAUUGGCUUAGAAGCGAAUUUGCAGCUGCCAACGCUAUUAUCGAUUGUCUUUGUCACCAUUUGCGUGUUGUUGGUGAGGGUGGUGAGUAUGAUCCUGUUGUUGGUGCAAUUCAACAGAGGAGAUGUAAUUGGAAUCAAGUGCUGCUUAUGCAGCAAUACUAUUCGGUUUCUGAGGUUGCGUAUGCGCUACAACAGGUGGCGUGGAGGAGGCAACAGAGGGUGGUGAAGCCGGUUGCUAGGGAGUUUAAGAAGGUUAGGCAAUGGCAGAGGUUUGAGGGUGGUGGUAAUGUUAAGGAAGGUUGUAAUUCUGGUGUUGAAUUUCAUCGGAAUGAAGCGAAUUCCACGGUAAAAGGGACUCGAGUAGUUGAUAAGAGUGAGGAACUUAAAUCUGGUGGCAAGGUUGGAGUUAAGGAUGAUAAGAGUUCAGACAUUGCUGAGGAGAAGAAAGAUACUACAACAAAUCAUCAAUCUGAUGGCAUUUUGAAGAGCCCUGUGAAUUCUCAAGGAUCUCUGUCCAGCGCAGAAUAUAAAGCUGAGGAUGUAAAUGAAGAAGGUGCAUCAAAUUCUGGAGAAAAUGAUUCGCAUUCUAUUCAAAAUCAACAUCAGAACGAGAAUGGUUCUUUCACAGGAAAAACUUUUACUGCCAAUGAGAUGUUUGAUGGGAAGACGGUUAAUGCGGUCGAAGGACUGAAGUUGUAUGAAGAUUUAUUUGAUAGUACUGAAGUUUCAAAACUUGUUUCAUUGGUUAAUGAUUUGAGGGUUGCUGGAAGAAAAGGACAAUUGCAAGGAAAUCAAACAUAUGUGGUUUCUAAAAGGCCCAUGAGAGGGCGUGGAAGGGAGAUGAUCCAGUUGGGUGUUCCUAUUGCUUAUGCAUCACCAGAUGUGGACAAUGUGACAGCAUCGACCAAAGAUAAGAAUAUGGAAUCUAUUCCUUCCUUGUUUGAAGAUAUCAUUGAGCGAAUGGCUGCUUCACAAGUGAUGAAUGUGAAGCCCGAUGCAUGCAUUGUGGAUUUCUAUAACGAGGGUGAUCACUCAAUGCCAAACAGUUGGCCGUCUUGGUUUGGAAGGCCUGUUUAUAUGCUUUUCCUGACAGAGUGUGACAUGACUUUCGGGAGAACAAUUGUCUCAGAACACCCUGGGGAUUAUAGGGGCACUAUCAAGCUUUCUCUUGUACCUGGGUCCCUUUUAUCGAUGCAAGGGAGAUCGACUGAUUUUGCUAAACAUGCUAUUCCUUCUAUUCACAAACAACGCAUACUUGUUACUUUCACAAAGUCUCAACCGAAAAAGUCACUGCCAAUUGAUGCUCAGGGUGUUGCUGCUCCGGCAACAUCACACUGGUCAGCCACACCGACAAGAUCUCCGAAUCAUAUAAGUCAUAAUCUGUUAGCUCCCAAGCAUUAUUCCACAGUUCAAGUAACCGGGGUAUUGCCGGCUCCUUCCCUACAUGCACCUCCUAACAGCAUGCAGCCAUUGUUUAUGCCGGCUCCAGUUGCACCUCCCAUGCAAUUUUCUACACCUGUGCCGGUCCCGUCUGGCUCUACGGGAUGGACCACGGCUCCUCCAAGGCAUCCUCCUCCCCGAGUCCUUGUACCCGGCACGGGAGUCUUCCUCCCUCCACCUGGCUCAGCUAAUUCAUCUCACCACUUACAAGGUACGUCAACUGAAGUGAACCUAGGUGUUGGAACUCCAACCUCGUCGAUAAAGGAAAAUGGGAAAUCUAAUCAUAGCAAUACCAGUGUUUCACCAAAAGGUAAAAUGUCUGGAAAUAUUGAAAAGCAAGAAUGCAAUGGAAAUACAGAUGGAACUGAAGUUGAAAAAGCUAUAGAGGAAGACGGGGAAAGCAAUGGAGAAACUGUUGCAAGCCAUUGAGAGAUUAGAGAGAGAAAGAAGGCUUAUCAAAGGAAAGAGAUAGAGUAAGAACUUAAUUUGAGUUUGAAUCAAAUGUAAAGAGCGGCGACAUUGGAGAUAACAUGAUAAUGCAAAGGAAAGAACAAGGGAAGGAUGUAGAACAUUUUGGUUCUCUUCAAAAUCCUUUAUUUGUUUACUCCAUUCCUUCUUUUUGUUCUCUUAUUAAUAUUAUAUUAUAUAUUAACUUCUAUAGCAAGAGAAAACUCAUUCUUAAUUCAGAUCUUGACUUUUCCAUGGUUGAA